AUGAUUAUCAGAACCUGCGAAGCACUACAUAGACCGCGAACUAAUGUUUCUCUGAUGAUAUCACAGAGGCCGGAGAAUCAAAUCCUAUACAGCAUCCUGAGACAGCGCAGUGAGGAUAUUGCGGUCAAGCAACGGGCAGUUGACCAUAUUCAAUCGACUGGCAGCUUUCAUUAUUGCGAGCAAAGAAUUGCCUUGCUGAUACAGGAGGCGCGAGAAGCCACGACUUCAAUCAUGAUGAUGGCAGAUACUACGUUAGGAUGUCAAAUGGAAGGUAUUUUGAAUUCACUGGGAACUUUAUAG